AUGGCAGGGCCGGCUUCCGGGCGCAGCCCACCUCUGCCAAGGCUACGCUUAGCUCCUCUCCCUUCCGCCGGGCGACGCGAUGAGUACACGGAUUCGGCGCGCGCAUUCAAGAAACGCCACAAUGAAUCGCUCACUGACCACCCGGAAGGGAAGUUUCCGGAUCUCAGUCCCAAGACAUUUAUGGGACGAUAUAACGCUUCUCUGGAUGAGCACCAACAAUACGAACCUGUUACCGCACCGCCUGUUCAAAUACAACCAGCGAUUGUGCCGGCAGUGUCCGGGCCGGGUAUAGGUUGGGAGCGAGGCAGCACGAACCGGGUAUUUAACGAGCGAUACAAUGCCAGCGUUCCCGAAGAAAUUGUUCCUGCUGAUGAAAGUACAGGAGCCAGAUUAACGAGCAGUUUCCUUCCCUCGUCACGCGUCGGAUGGGAAAGAGCGUCGGAGCAGCAGAUUUCUUCAGAGUUCGAAAUGCCUACCUCCGAGACGAUGCCUCGUACAGGGUCUGGAUGGGAACGACCGGAAUUUAACCGGUACUUCAAAACGCGGUACAAUCACACAGAACCCGAACCGGAGCCGCCGAUUAGGAAACCGGUACAGCCACAAGCAUCGCGGUUGGUACCGCCAGUACGCAUUGACGUAACCCGUGCUGGAUCUGGAUGGGAGCGAGCUCCUGAUCGUGUAUUCUCGGGGCGAUACAACGACUCAAGCCCACCGGAAGAAAUUCAACGUACCCUGACAUCGGUGUAUGACGCAGACAAAAAGCCAGCGAUUUUGAUUAUGCCGGACUUGCCUCGACCUCCAUGGCCGCAACAAGAAGUGCGUGUUCUGUCGGAACCGGAACGCCCGCGGUACUUUGGACACCGGUACAAUGUUACUAUAGAUGAUCAUGAAGAAGCGGCCCCGUUGACUUUUCCCGGUUACCCUGGUAUCGGUCAGUUUGCCACGCACAAAGAGGAACCGGCAUCACUCACCACUGGCGAAUCCGGCAUGCGAUACGAAGGUCCAGCUCCGCCGUUUGUUCCUCCCAUCAACGCCAUCGUAAGCGCAGCGCAGCCAUCGCAGGAGCGAGUGUCGAGUGGAUGGGAACGGCAGCACAGCAACGUCAUGUUUGAUUCCCGGUACAACGAAACCACGCCAGAAGAUCACGUUGAAACACUUCCCCAGUCUCCUAGCGUGCAGCCAGCUGUUUACCCGGCUAUAGAAGAACAACGGAUGCCCUCCUAUGCAGCUCAUCAAGGGAUUAAAUGGGAGAGUCCCGAUAAUUUUCGAAGUUUCGAGAAUCGCUAUAACGUCACUAGUGAGCACGAGGAAGCACCGAUGAGAACUGGCGUUGUUGUUUCUACGCCACCGAAAUCUGAAGAAAUCUCACCUCUUCGAGGUGGACAAAACGAGUGGGGACGCCUAAACAAGGUAUUCGAUUCGCGGUAUAAUGUUUCGGUAACCGAAGACCAACCAGCACCUGUACCAUACUCAACAUCGUCACCGGUAGUCCUUGAGGUUACCCAGCCGCCGCCCAUGUACGUUCGGCACCAAGGAAUCAAGUGGGAGGGACCGGAUAGCAGAGGUUUCGGAAAACGAUAUAACGAGACAUUUGACUACGAUGAGGCACCCGUAACUACUGUUGCGCCUCCGCUUCCGCCCAAACGGAUGGAAACGGAAAGGUCAUACCGGUUAGGAGGUGGAUGGGAGCGCCAACCGGAUGCAGCCUUUGAUUCCAGAUACAAUAUUUCGGUAACCGAUGAUGGAUUGGAAAUGGCACCAUCCACAAUGCCGGCAACUGCCACGCCUAAAAUCACACAUCCGCCAAUGUACGUGCAACACCAGGGAAUAAAGUGGGAACGGCCAGACAAUUCCCGCGUGUUCCAAAGCCGGUACAAUGCGACCAUACCGGUGCACCACGAAGAAGGCACUGCCCGAACUGACCAGACCGUGGGAGCACGAAAAGCCACGAGUGAACGCGUGAUUGAUUCCGAAUGGCAAAAGACACGGGUGUUUGAUGUACGGUACAACGAAACGCAUCCAUUAGAUGAACAACAUCCGGAGAAACCCGAACCAGUGCAGCAAAAGGUCAACGCAGUGUUUGGACCAGUACGCUACGAUCACAUGCUACACGAAACGGACCAUCAUGAAAUUGUGCCCAAUGACCUCGCCAUGUCGCGUGUUAACAAAACCGACCAAGUUGUUGUUGUGCCUCCACCGGAGCAGACCGUCCCCGAUAUGACGCAGCUACCCGUGGCCUCAGAACCAACACCACAAGCACCGGUAAUUCCCCUUUUGGGAACCCAGCGCAGAGGUUCUCUGUGGGAGCGGCCAGAUGGCGUGCGACCGUUUAAGGACCGGUUCAAUCUGACGAAACCGGCAAAGUAUAGGUCGCCUGGAAUUAUUCUACCGCUGUAUGACCGAACACGCCCGGUUGUGCCUACUCUGUGGAGCGUUGGAUCGCGAUUUAAUUCCAGCGUGGAUCCGAUGCUGCCGGCUUCUCCAAUACGACGAAUUAUCAAUACUGAUGCUGAUGCCGAAGUACCGGACUGGCAGCGGAAACUAGUUUUCAUCAAUGCGUCACUUCCAUACGGUUCCGGACGUCCUCACCAGAUUCCACAGCCCCUUGCACCGUUGAUUAUGCAACCGCAAACAAAUGCAUCACGGGAGAAACCGUGUGUAAACGCAACCACGAAUUCCAAGGGACCUAAAAAAUACGUCGAAGGUGUGGUUGGGAGAAAUCCUAAUUCAUACACAAUUAACCGCGAUGCCAAGCUGGAGGAACUUUUCGAUGAAAGUCUGGAGGAAGUGAUAUUAUCGAUGGUCACGCGUGUGACCGAGCCUUCCAGGCUCCCAUUUCCUCCGCCAUCUCCUUCUGAUGCGAUGGUCCCCGUACAGCAAGGAAAUGUGCAUCCAACCAACUAUGCACCAAAUCUGCCAGCAAUUAUUAAUCACAGCAUCGUCGCUCCUCCCCGUCCGUUUGAUUUGCCUCCUACAAUGGCGCCCGAAACAUACUCGACGAACGCCAUGCAGCUGUAUUAUCUCCCCACCAAACUUCACGUUCCUUAUCCAACCGAAAUACAGCAGCAGAACUCCAGCCGACUGAUUCAAGAGCGUCUCCAGUUCAGUUCAGGAACAGUAAAUCAAGGCGUUCCGCAAUACGCCACUACUAAAACACCGAAGCGGCCAACAAAAGGUUUUAAGACAGGAGUGAAGCAUGUUCCGCCAUUCCGACGCGGUCAGGUCAAUAUCAGCGCAAUGGAUCCUAAUAAACCACGCAAAAAAUUUGCAACCAAUUCCUCGCUGGUACGACCCGUCCCAGGAAGAGCCCGUCAGCCGGCGAAAGCGAAUUCCAUUUCAUACGAUCCCAACAAUGCUUUAGCUACAAGGAAACGCAGUAAAGGCUUUAAGGUCACCAGACGCCCAACGACGCUUGACACGCUCGGCUUCACGAUGCCACCGUACAGUCCACCUCCGGUAAUCGACACCCGACCGGUGAUCCACAUGCCCAAUACCAGCUGGAAUAUGCAGUAUGGGAAUUAUAACAUCGCAGUGCCUGCCGUGCAGUACGCACCCAACAUCGGGAUACCACCGCAGCCGUAUAUGCCACCUUCCCAGCCAUAUUAUCCCGCCAAUCAAAGCGGAGCUAUUCGGGCGUCCAACAAAACCGAGUGUUGCCAGAAUAUCACAGCGGAUUCCGGCCAAAUGCUGGACAUUUAUGUGAACAAGAGUACCGAUCUCAGCGCCUUGGACAACAUUCGGAUCAAUAUGAGCGCUGCGCAACGGAACGCCUCCGUGACCGGGUAUUCCGUUAAACUGCAGCUGGUACGGGCUCCUCUUGUCUCUCUAGCCAGCAUCUGUAACGCCCCGAUGGUCGUCGAGCCGCAAGGAAUUAUUAAGGAGGUGGACUGCAGUCAGCAGGACAUCAGCGAUGUCGCCAUGGCUGUUCAUGUCCGAGCGGGAAGCGGGUCGUUCCAUUUCGAGAUCAUCAACAAAACCGAAGCAACGGAUGGCAACAAGUUCAUCAUUGACGAAACCAAUGGCUUCCUGUACCCCUUCGUGCCCUUCAGUGAAAAAGCCCCGGCGGACAGUCGAACGCUACUUGGAAUCGGUCACGCUUACGAUGUACUGGUGCAGGUGACGGAUACCAUUUGUGACCUUUCCGAUCAUGCCUACGUAUCCGUUAUGUUUGUUUGUCAACGGGACAUCACGACAUUGCGCACCCGCCGACCAAGAUCUUACCGCAGUAAACAAAAUUGAUAAAACGCUGUGAAUGCUUGGAUACUGUAUGAUGAUUCUGUUGUUGGUAUUGUGCAAUUAUUAAAACCAUGCUUGAGCCUUUGUAUCUGUAAAGUGAAAUAAGCUACUGACAGCCAAACUUUAUAUUUAUUGCUGUUUA